AAAAGGAUGGAUAUUCCAGAACUCCCCCGUAGGUUAUACACAUUAGGGGAAGAGCCAGAACCCCACAAUAGCAUUUCGUAUCAUACGGAUAACACGAAGUUGCAUACUGCUCUUAGGGAAGCUCUCACUGAUGCUGAAUUUGAAGAGCUCAAGGAGUCGAGAUUGGGAGUUUUCAUCAAGUUCAAGGAGCAGGGAUUUGGUUGGGCUUCAAGGCUGGUUCACCACUUGCUCGGUUUAAAGCUGGACAUUAAGAAGAAGUACGAGAUGUGGUGUCUCGUUGGUCCAGAACCUGCGAGGUUUUCACUGUUAGAGUUUGAAAACAUCACUGGUCUAAACUGCGACUACAUCGAGGACCUUGAGACACCAGAAUGUGAAGUUACCCCACAGAUGGUUUCUUUCUGGGAGAUGAUGGGAGUUCAUCGGGAAGCUGGGCCAAGUACUGAUCAGAUAAUAGCAGCACUGAAGAGAUGCGGGGAUUGGUCCAGGGAAGAUCGCAAGCGACUCGCGUACCUUUCCAUCUUCACUGGAUUCAUUGAAGGGAAAAAGUUCUCAAGCGCUACACGAGCUACUCUCGCAAGGCUAGUGAUGGAUUUAGAAAGGUUUGAGAAUUAUCCAUGGGGGAGAGUCGCGUUUAAGGUGCUGAUGGACUCUUUGUGGAACAAAGAUAUUACUGGCUGUUACACCGUGGAUGGCUUUAUACAAGUUCUUCAGGUCUGGGCGUACGAAGCUAUUCCGGGAUUGGGUGCUAGUAUUGGUCUACCCAGAGCAAACAGUCCGUCUCCACCGAUUCUGGCUUACGACGGCAGCAGAGGCCGCAGAUUCAUGAAAGCUGCUAUCUUGAGUCAGACCCGCGUGAUCAACUUUGUUGAGAAGGACAUUAGUGAAAUGUGGCCAAAAUGGGACUCUGAGGUUGAUGACGUGCCCGCGGAGAACAUCAUUAAAGUGAUGUAUGAUCGGAGACCGUGGAAGUGGACCAUGGAUUGCUGGGAAGUCACUGGUACAAAACCCAAGUUUGUGACUCCAUCGAAAAGAGCCAAAGAGAUGGUUGUGGAGGAGGUGGAGGAAGACAAUCAGAGACCUCGGAAGAAAGCUCGUAAAGAGGCUCCUAAAGAGGCUCCUAAAGAGGCUAGAGAAGAGGCUCCUACAGAGGCUACAGAAGAGGCUACAGAAGAGGCUAGAGAAGAGGCUAGUUGGGUGACCAGAGAGGAGUUAGAAAACAUGUUCAAGGACUUAGGUGACAUGAUGAAAGAGGGGUUUAAGAAGUGCAUCAGGGAGAUUAGGAAGAUCUCCGAUAGAUUGGAAGCUGUGGAGAAGAAGGUUGGUGUCACCAAUCAGGCUACCCCUCAAGCCCCAGAAACCGGGGUUAGUAAAAAACACCCUACCCCACAAGCCCCAGAAACCGGGGCUAGUAACAAACAGACUACUCCUCAAAAGGAUCAGCCUCCACUUCAAACCAAUCAUCCUACUCCUCCCACCAGACAGCCUGCUCCUCAAAAGGCAAAGCCUACUCCUCAAAAGGCGAAACAGCCUGCUCCUCAAACUAAACAGCCUGCUCCUCAAACUAAACAGCCUGCUCCUCAAACGAAACAGCCUGCUCCUCAAACUAAACAGCCUGCUCCUCAGACGAAACAGCCUGCUCCUCAAACGAAAAAGCCUUCUCCACAAAAGAAACAGCCUUCUCCUCUGCCCAAAGAGGUUAAUAUCAAAUCUUUAAGUCGUCUGGUCUUUGUAUAGAUUUGUAAAUAUAUAAGUCGUCUGGAAGGUUUUCCAGCUGGACGACUUA